AGUUGCAAUUUGGCUUGGCAAUUCAGUAACUGUAAGGGAUCUGGUUGCGCAAUCAGCCUUAGGAAACUGUACGAAAUCAUAUUCUGCUACUCAUCACUUACCGUAUUUCAAGAGAAGAGAACGAUUUUCUCGUCACACAAAACCGCACUGACCACGCUGUUUUGUAUUCAAGCGACAAAAAACGAAAUGUCCCGAGCAAGACUGACAAACAAACUGUUUAGUACUACUGUAGAGCACAUGGAUUCGGCGGCUCCAGUUCUUGUAGAAAGCAAAGGCGGAAUGAGAUGUUUUAUACUCAAUCGGCCGGCGAAAUUGAAUGCAAUUAACAGAGCGAUUACAGACUUUAUUCAUCCUCGUCUCAUUAAAUACGAGAAAUCCGACAUGACGAAGUUAAUUGUAUUCAGAGGUGUUGGAAGAGCCUUUUCGUCGGGCGGGGACGUGAAAGCCGGAGCUAUCAACAUUAAGAAGGGCCGUGUCGAUGAAGUCCGGUCGGCUUUUGCUGAAGAAUAUCGCAUGUGUCACACAAUUGCGACUUGCGCAAAGCCCGUUGUUACGUUAAUGAACGGUAUUACCAUGGGUGGUGGCGCUGGCAUUGCAAUGCAUACCCCGUUUCGCAUUGCAUGCCAGGAUACAAAGUUUGCUAUGCCUGAAACGACAAUUGGUUACUUCACCGAUGUUGCAGCUAGUUUCUUUCUGUCUCGUCUAUCACAUAGUUUUGGUCGAUAUUUGGCACUUACUUCCUCCGUCGUUUCGGGCUACGAUUGUGUGAAAUUCGGAAUAGCAACUCAUUAUGUUCCAAAGCACAUGUUUGAUGAGCUUUUAAAUAGAUUGGCAGAACUGAAUACUUCGGAAGUGAGUGUACUUUUAAAGAGUAUACAAGAGUUCAGCGUGAAGCCCGAGUCUUAUGAAUACCAAUCAGCAUAUCCAGAGUCACGUAUUUCCAUUAUCAAUGACGCUUUUUCGCAUGAAACGAUUCCUGAAAUCAUGAAGGCUUUGGAAAAAAAUGGUUCAGAAUUUGCCCUUCAGACUUUGGAUGUUUUGCAUACUCGGUGUCCGUUAUCCAUGCUUGUGACCGAUGCUCUGCUUCAUAAGGCUCGCAGAUGGACAAUUACGGAUGCCUUCAAGUACGAUCACAUAGUGUCGUAUCAUAUGUUGAAACAACCAGAUUUCGUUCGAGGUGUUACUGCCCGUUUGAUUGAGAAAAGCAAGAAUGCACCUUCUUGGCAGCACAAGAGCGUCCAGGAGGUUGAUCCCGCUACUGUGCAAUCCUGCUUUGAACCAUUGCCCGAGAACAUUCCGUGUGACUAUUACAGCAAGGACCGUCCUCGAACAGACCUCUGGGACGAAAAGAACAUAAUUCGCUAUAACUAAUAUGAAAUGUGAUGCCUUUACGUAAAGUUAAGACUAAGACUUUGAAUGUUCACGAUCAAAAAUGAAGGAAUCGACAGAGUACUCUCCGCCUGGGCAGCGCAUAGAACACAGCGAUUUGGGAAAAUGAAUUACAAGUAACACGCACAACAAUGUAAGUUUUUUACCCAAUGGCUACAAGCCAUCACAUUAAUUCAAAAAGAACUAAACAAAAACACCGAUCAAUGACCAAACUAUGCGGCAAAGCACUUAGAGGACUUUUAUAUGCGUGCUUGCUAAUAUACGCCGUAUGCAUCAAAAUUGCAUUUCAGAGUUUACUGGUAUCUCAGAUACUUACCAACAAUGAUACAAUGAUCACGUUCGUAAGGCUCCAAGGUAAGUUGCUCUUGGGGCUUAAUCUUUUCCUCUUGCAUUUUCUUGACUUCACGAGCAAAGACAACGGAAGCCUCAGCAGUGGAAUCGAUACAAGAAGCCUUGACGGAAAUAACGACACCACCCUCAUUCUUCAAGAAGGCGGCGGCAUUCAAACCGACAAUACGAGCCUGGUCAGGCUGAGCGACAUCAGCAAAGACCACAUCGACCAUGCCGAUGAGCAUGCGGUACUUUUGAACGUGACGGGCAUCCUCAACAAUAGGAAUCACGUUGGUACGCUUCUUAGCCAUGUUCAACAGAUCACGGCCAGAACGAUGAGAGAACUCAACAGCGUACACGAGACCCUCGGGUCCAACAACAUCAGCAACAUGAGAAACGGAAGUACCGUUAGCAGCACCAAUGUACAAAACCUUGGCACCGGGCUUGAUGUAAAUGUUGUCCAAACCACCUAAAAUACCGGCGGCCAACUUCGAACGGAAAGGGUUCCAGACACGGUAUUCGACUUUAGUGCCAUCAGGACUGUCGACGCUGAUGCGCUUUUCAUUGUAAACACUCUCGCC